AUGCCUUUAUCCCUGUCUAUUUUCCACAUUAGUUACGCGGCACUCGCUGGCGGACUUUAUCUGCUAGGUCUAGUCGUCUAUCGAUUGUAUCUAAGUCCACUACGUCAUUUCCCCGGCCCCAAAUUGGCCGCCGCGACACAAUGGUACGAGACAUACUAUGAGAUGUGGUAUAAUGGAGGAGGAAUGUUUACAAAGCACAUCAAAGAGCUGCAUAAUCAAUAUGGCCCAAUUGUGCGAAUAAACCCAUGGGAACUCCAUAUCGAUGAUCCCGAAUUUUACGAGACCAUUUAUCCCUCCUCCGCCCCAUUCGAUAAGUUAUCUGUCUUUGAAAAUCGAUUCGGCAUCCCAUCAGCUGCUUUCUCAACAGCUACCCAUGCGGUGCACAAGAAACGUCGAGCAGCCUUGAGCCCAUUCUUCACCAAAGGUCGAAUUCAAGCGCGUGCUCCCUUCCUGCAGCAGCUCAUUGACAGAGUCUGCAAGCGUCUGGAAUCGGAAAAUGUCAAGCAACAAACACCACUUGUUCUGAAUCAUGUCUUUGCUUGCUUCUCCGCGGACUCCAUCUUGUCGCUCGCUUUCGGUGAUGAACCCAGUUUCAUCGAUACUCCCACAUGGCAGACACCUUUUGUUGGUGCCAUGGAUGCUCUGGUAAAAUCCACCCACUUGAACAGCCAGUUUCCAUUUAUGGUCUCGGUAGCAAAUGCUAUUCCAGAGUGGAUAUUGUUGAAAACACAAUCUUUUGGACCAGUUGUGCAAUUCCGCCAGUCUCUAAAUGAACGAAUUGCACGUCUUUUCAAACCAGAAAAGAAACAAACAUCUAAAAAACCCUCCGGCGAGAACGCGACACUAUUCGAGGUCCUACUCACCUCCUCCCUUCCACCGGAGGAACUCACCCAAACCCGUCUACAACACGAAUCAGUGAGUAUAGUCGGAGCAGGAUUCGACACAACUCGCGAGAUGCUCUCAACAAUCGCAUACCACGUCCUCGCAAACCCGGAAACAUAUCGCAAACUACGCGACGAACUGCACACUGCCAUCCCCGACCCAUCGCAGAUUCCUACCUGGGCCCAGCUACAACAACUCCCAUAUCUCACUGCUUGUAUUGAGGAGGGAUUACGUAUUGGUUUCGGCACCGUGCAACGAAGUCCCCGGAUUUCACCCACCCCGUUCAUCUACGGCAAGUAUACCAUCCCGCCUGGUACGCCUGUGUCGGAAGAUACCUACCACAUGCACACUAAUGAGAAUGUAUUUCCGGAUCCGGAUGUUUAUCGACCGGAGCGGUGGUUGGGGAAUCCGCGCGGUCCGGAUGGUGUUAAGCAACUCAGUAGGUAUAAUGUCGCGUUUGGGCGUGGGGGGAGGAUGUGUUUGGGCAUGCAGUUGGCUUAUGCGGCGAUGUAUUUGAUGAUUGCCAGUUUGAUUCGGCGGUUUGAUUUUGAGUUGUUUGAGACGAGUCGGGAGGAUGUGGAAUUUUAUUACGAUUGGUUGGUUCCCCAUGCCCGGCUGGAGAGUAAGGGGGUGCGGGUGCUUGUUAAGGUGGCGGCGUAG